GCGCAUGCGCGGUAGGAUCUGGAUUGUUGCAGCCCCAGACAGGGCGGCCCGUUACCAAGCACUGCACCGCGCAGGGUCUGACAACGACGACAGCAACGGGCAUUGACAGAAGGAACACUGCCAGCGUGAUAACAACACAAGACACCCGUGAACACAAUAGGGGAUGGCAGUUAAUGUGUACGCCACAUCCGUGUCCAUUGACAACCUCAGCCGACAUGACAUGCUGGCAUGGGUCAACGAUUCUUUGCACCUCACCUACACUAAGAUUGAACAGCUCUGUUCAGGAGCUGCAUACUGCCAGUUCAUGGACAUGUUGUUUCCAGGUUGCAUCCUUCUGAAGAAGGUCAAAUUUCAAGCCAAGCUGGAGCAUGAAUUUAUACACAACUUCAAAGUUCUUCAGGCAGCUUUUAAACGGAUGAGUGUUGACAAAAUUAUUCCUGUAGAAAAGCUCGUAAAAGGGAAGUUCCAGGACAACUUUGAAUUCGUGCAGUGGUUCAAGAAGUUCUUCGACGCCAACUACGACGGGAAGGAGUACGACCCUUUACUAGCCAGACAGGGGCAGGACGUGGCCCCCGCCCCCAACCCAGGUGAUCACUUUAUCCACAGACCAAAGAGAAACGCAGGACCACAGAGGACAUCUCCAACAGUUCCCAAAAACAUGCCAACACCACAGCGGGUCCAACACAACACUCCAGCCAUGAGGAAGAAUCCGUCUUUGUCUAGAAACGGGGGAAGUGAUGCUGAGAUCAUGGAGCUAAAUCAACAGUUGAUGGAGUUGAAGUUGACUGUAGACGGACUAGAGAAGGAGAGAGACUUCUACUUCAGCAAACUACGGGACAUUGAGCUGAUCUGCCAGGAACACGAGAGCGAGAACAACUCCGUUCUCAGCAAGAUAAUCGACAUUCUCUACGCAACAGAGGAAGGCUUUGCGCCUCCGGAGGAUGAGGACCUCGAUGAACAAGCUCACCUGGACCAGGAUGAAUACUAAAACAUCAUCCCCCCACCCCCCAAACAUCUCCACCUUCCCUUUUCUAUUUGCCCUCAUUUGUUUUCUACUCUCUCUGCACGCUCUAUAAAUACUCACCAUUAUCCCUGCUCUGUCUGUCUUUUCCUUUUCUUUCUUUCUCAUAUGUAUAUCUGUUGGUAAACCUCCCCCCUCCUCCAUCCACCCUCUGGCCAUCUUCAUACUAUACACAAAUACUCUGCAUCAUCAUUUGCUGCUCCACCCUCCCUUGCCUCCACUUUACACAGUAACAAUAACAGUGAUGUACGACAUAUCCCAGUUAUUCCAGCAUGAGUAACGCAGAACCGAGCCUGGCAUGGAGGUUGUUAUGGCAAACAGUGAAUUUUAAGUCUGUAAAUAUUACCGACGUUGUGAUUUCUGAGAGCACAAUGUCUCCGCUCGUAAUGGAGUUAUUUAUUUGCCUUGGGUGCGCCGUGAUACUUCUAGAGCACAGAACAACGCUGCUCCAAUGUGCCAUCAAGACACUCCCAGAGCUACUAAAAACUGUAACAAAAGUGACUUUUUAGAUAACAUUUUCUUAUUUAUUUAACUUAUAUUUCAUUUAGAUUAACUUCCUGUAGCAGAAUCGGUGCAAAACCUACUGUACAUGAAUCGAACGCCGCGGCCAUGUGUGUUAUUUCAGUUACGUUUUGUGCUCGAGUCAGCAUCAAGCUUUUAAGUUUCUGUUACGGUGGGUUCACGGCAUGUAGAAACGCUGAAGGAGAUUCUUUGGUGCGAUGACUCAAAGCGUAUGAUCAGUGCUCUUAUUCGUUAUUGAUCGGCAACAUAUCUGAGCAUGAGAAUGUUACACAUUGACUGUGAAUGAGUGAUAUUUUGUAUAUGUAUGUAUUUUGUGUGUCUGAUGUCGCACGAUCCCCGGUUGACUGCGGUCGUAUCUUCUCGGGCCGACGUGCAGAAAACCUUAUAAGUUUUAAAAUUUAGAGAUUUGACAACAUGACGACAUGGUUAUAGAUUGUAGCAGUUCUAAUGUUUUAUUCUAAAAUAUGAGGGAGCCUGACACUGAAUUAAUAGACACAUUUUCAUAUGACAGCUCUUAUCAUGUUUUUUUUCCCCCCUGCUGAUCUUGUGUUUAUACUUUUAAUUUGCCGUCACAGGUUGCCCAGAGUGUGUAUGAGUUGUAGUCGGUAUAAAGAGAUCUGUGAUCAGCUGCAUCCAGAUGAACCAAGGAAGUCUCCUUGUCCUUCCCCUCAGCUAUUUUUUAAUUUUAUUUUGCAAACUGGCUGUUGUCUGCUCUGGAACUCGCAUUCAUCGACCAUGUAAACAUCUACAGAACACUCAUCUUUUGAGUU